UGCCACAACCAAACGUGAGCGACACUGCCGAGGUUCGAUAGAAAUGUUGUCUCGGUAAGCGUGUGAGUGUGAUCAACAAGGAAAGCAAAGAUAAACGUAGGAAGGACUAUCGGUACCCUCCUAUAAUUGGCGUCCGCUUAGGGCGAUUAGGCACUUGGUUUGCCUUACUCGAGAUGUCUCUCCUUCGACGUAGCUGUAACUUGGUGACAUCCUAUAAGAGUGAUACAAGUGUAUCUGAGUGUAAGUGGGGAUUGUAGCACCAUACACUUCAAGUAAAGUGAUUCUUUGUUCAAACUCCUUGAUAAAGGCGAAGCCUUCCCACAACAGGCGGAAGACAUAUCGAAAGCCUGUCGAGCGAUUUGCCAUGGACCUACGCGCGGAACAUACGAACAGAAGCGAAGACACCGAAACUCUUGCUCCCGUUUCGAGUGUCUCCAGUUUUGAACUUGAGGUUACUCGUCCGGAAUUACCUUUAUUACGCUUCUGGUUAUUUAGCAUUGGGCUUCUCGUGGGCUUGCUGCUAUCGUUCCUCGAUACUUCGAUCGUAGCUACGAGCAUUUUUUCGAUAGCCGCCGAAUUUGACGAUUUGGCAUCCAUAAACUGGGUCGCGCUGGCUUAUGCUUUGGUGUAUCUUGGAUGUGCCUCUUUAUUCGCUCGAGUUUCUGACAUAAUCGGUCGCCGAAAUGCCUUUAUUGCAUCCUAUCUCAUAUUCAUCGCAUUUUCUAUCGCGUGUGGUUUCGCCCAGAGUCUUGUCCAGCUAAUAGCAUGUCGAGCAUUGCAGGGACUUGGAGGUUCAGGGUUGUAUUCUAUCACGAUGAUAAUACUCCCGGAAGUUGCACCAGAGAGGAUAAAACGGUUCAUUGGAGGUCUAGUAGGCAUUGUCAUUACUAUGUCAAGCGUAUUGGGACCGGUCCUCGGCGGCGUAUUGACUGAAUAUACAACCUGGCGAUGGGUGUUUUGGAUCAAUGGACCUAUUGGCGCAGUAUCGACGCUCCUGUUCUACUUCACCUGGCCGCCACCCCAGUAUUUACCUCAUUUUGGGAAAAGGUCUUGGAGAGAGCUAGAUUAUACUGGCUCGAUACUUCUCAUCGCAGCUUCCGUGUUGGUCGUUUUCCCAUUUCAGAAUGCUGCUGUACUGGAAGAUCAGUGGUCUAAGCCGGUAUUCAUUGUUCCGCUUAUCUUCGGAAUAAUCUCGUGGCUUGGAUUGUUUUCAUGGUCUAUCUUUGUUGAACGGCGGUUGGGCAAUGUCAUAGACGCAGCACUCCCGAUGCGCUUGCUGCGUGACCGUGUGUACGCGGCAGCGGUGCUCAAUACUUUAUUCUUGGGGUUUCCUUAUAUGCUUGUUAUAUAUGCAUUUCCGCUGAGGUUACAGGUAGUGAACGGCAAGAGUUCCCUUAUUGCAGGCGUUAUGCUGCUUCCGAUGUUGGGAUUAAGCGCCGUGGGAUCUCUUCUCGCUGGCGCAAUCAACGGAAAGAAAGACAGAAUAUUUGAGACAAUGUUCGUUGCUACCUGUCUGGUAGUUUUGGGCUGCGGACUUCUAUCAACUCUUUCAAGCUCGCCUGAGCUUGAGCAAAAAGCUUUGGGAUUUCUUGUUUUUGUUGGCCUUGGAUUCGGGAUGGUUGUGUCGACAGCAACCAUGGUGGCGACCUUUCAUUCAUCAAUCAGAGAUCAUGGUGAGUUUUCCGCUAUCAAAAGCUUCUCGAAACCUGUUUUAACCACUUGUUAGCCCCUGCACAGGGUCUGAUGGCCCAGGCCCGAGUUUU